GCCCGACAGGCGGCCCCUCCCGGAGCCGAUCAGCCUGACGUCAGGCGGGGAGUCGGUCGGAGGACAAAAGCCCCGCAUCGGGCGGGCGUUGGGCGCUUUGGCCGCCGACGGAGAGGCUCGGCCGGGGCUGCAGGGAUUUUUGUGGCCGGUGUUGGGCGGACGGGCAGGAGCCGGCGGGGAUCCGGAUGGUCCCACAUGGCGAUUCGGAGCUGCUGCGGUCCGACCUGGCGGGCUGAGAGCCAGGAUGCAAAGCCUGUCGGCGGAUGAGGUCGAGAGCCCCGCCCGUGAGAGCAGAGAGGAGAGGCCAGUGAAGCAGUCGCUGAGCAGCUGCCUGUGCCGCGAGUCGCACUGGAAAUGCCUGGUGCUGACGCUGCUGAUGUACAGCUGCCUGGGCGUGGUCACCUGGUGCCACCUGUCCACCGUCCCCCGGCUGGGCUUCGAGCGCCCGGCGCCCGGCACCGCCUCGGCCCUCUACCGCGAGAGCCCGUGCUCCAGCGGCUACGUCUACAUCCCGCUGGCCUUCCUCUCCAUGCUCUACCUGGUCUACCUGGUGGAGUGCUGGCACUGCUUCGCCCGCAACCAGACCCAGCAGCAGGCCGACGUCAACAGCGUCUACGAGCGGGUGCGGCGCCUGCGACGCGCUAGCCCCUGCAUCUGGUGGCGGGCCGUCAGCUAUCACUACGUGCGCCGCACCCGCCAGGUCACCCGCUACCGCAACGGCGACGCCUACACCACCACGCAGGUCUACCACGAGCGGGUCAACACGCGGCUGGCCGAGUCCGAGUUCGACUACGCCCGGCACGGGGUGCGCGACGUGUCCCGCCAGCUCCGCGGCCUGGCCGACCACCCCGCCACCCGGCUCCGCUUCACCAAGUGCUUCAGCUUUGGCAGCGCCGAGUCGGAGACGUCCUACCUGACCCAGCGGGCCCGCUUCUUCAGCGAGAACGAGGGCCUCGACGACUACAUGGAGGCGCGCGAGGGCAUGCACCUCCGCAACGUCGACUUCAAGGAGCACGUGGUCUCGCUGGCCGACCCCAAGAGCCCGCCCUGGUACGUGUCCCGCUACAUCUUCUGGAGCGUCUCCUGCCUGGUGCUCUCCUGGCCGCUGCGCGUGCUGGCCGAGUACCGCACGGCGCACGUCCACUACCACGUGGAGAAGCUGUUCGGGCCGGAGGACGGCCCCCGGGAGCCCGCGGCCCCGGGCCCCCGCCUCAGCACGGUCGACGUCACCGAGCUGGAGUGGCACAUCCGCUCCAACCAGCAGCUGGUGCCCAGCUAUUCCGAGGCGCUGCUGAUGGAGGCCGGGGUCUCCUCGCCCGCCCUCGCCGCCUACCUCCAGCCCUGCCGCCUCUGCCGGCGGUCGGCCAGCAGCAGCUCCCUGCCCGCCGCGCGCCCGCCACCCGCCCCCCGCAUGCCCUUCAGCCGCAGCCGCUUCUCCCUGGGCCGGCUCCAGGCCCCCGGCCCCGCCUGCCUCUUCCGCAGCCUCAGCGGCCGCCUCGGGGACCCGCGGGGCGAGAAUGAGCAGGAGGAGCCGCCGUCCUACCAGGACGCCAUCUUCUUCCCCCGCCUCAUCGUGCACGCGGGCGACGGCUGCAGCGGCCACAGGCCCCUGCGGAGCGACGGGCCGGGGCCCGACACACGACUGUGAGGGCCAAAAACGCUGUCGCUGCAGCUCAGUGGGCGAGGCCAAUCAGUCAAAACCCUCCCUCCGCCCAUGGGUUUGGAAUCCCCUCCGCUCCCCACCCUCUCCAUCACGACCGGUUCCCUUUCCCUGGCCCAUCUGCCCAGCCACUCCCCACCCGCCUCCUCAUCUCCCCCGAUCAUUGCUCAUCCCCGAUCUGCAGAGGAAUGGGACCCUGUGGCCCUCAGUUACCUCCCCCUCCCACCUGCCCCCCUCAGUGGUUCCAAAGAUGCCUCGGCCGCCCUCGCCCCCGGACCCGGGACGCACCCGUUCGCCACCCUGCAAAUGGAAUCCGCCUCCAUGGCUUGUCGAGGACACGACUCGCGCAUCACCGUUCUGUGGAGCCGCGAGCGUCUGGGAGACGCACUCUGCACCUUACUGCUGAAGCGGACUGUAUUCCUGGCUGGAAACUGGACAGUCCUGGGGAGGGGGAGGGGGGGAUUCGACUCUCCCUCCCGCUGGCGGCUGGACAUUUUGCGUUACAAUGAAAGCCGGCAACUGACAGAAUCAGUGCGGAGAAGGGAAAGGACCUGGGAUUCAUGAUUUUCUCCCGUCUCGAGGCUAUGAUCCCAAAGCAGAGACAGCAUGGGCAGGGCAAAGUGAAGCACCCUUUCCCCAUCACCACACAGGUCCCGGGGCAGCGAGACACAACUUCACCAGGUCUGACCCCGGGGCUGUGUGAUGGGACGGUGUGGAGGGAGGGUCACUCUGUGUCUGUCCCCGGGAGUGAGUGAUGGGACGGUGUGGAGGGAGGGUCACUCUGUGUCUGACACCGGGAGUGUGUGAUGGGACGGUGUGGAGGGAGGAUCACUCUGUGCCUGACCCUGGGAGUGUGUGAUGGGACGGUGUGGAGGGAGGAUCACUCUGUGUCUGACCCCGGGAGUGUGUGAUGGGACGGUGUGGAGGGAGGGUCACUCUGUGUCUGACACCGGGAGUGUGUGAUGGGACGGUGUGGAGGGAGGAUCACUCUGUGUCUGACCCCGGGAGUGUGUGAUGGGACGGUGUGGAGGGAGGGUCACUCUGUGUCUGACCCUGGGAGUGUGUGAUGGGACGGUGUGGAGGGAGGAUCACUCUGUGUCUGACCCCGGGAGUGUGUGAUGGGACGGUGUGGAGGGAGGGUCACUCUGUGUCUGACCCCGGGAGUGUGUGAUGGGACGGUGUGGAGGGAGAUUCACUCUGUGUCUGACCCCGGGAGUGUGUGAUGGGACGGUGUGGAGGGAGGGUCACUCUGUGUCCGACCCCGGGAGUGUGUGAUGGGACGGUGUGGAGGGAGAUUCACUCUGUGUCUGACCCCGGGAGUGUGUGAUGGGACGGUGUGGAGGGAGAUUCACUCUGUGUCUGACCCCGGGAGUGUGUGAUGGGACGGUGUGGAGGGAGAUUCACUCUGUGUCUGACCCCGGGAGUGUGUGAUGGGACGGUGUGGAGGGAGGGUCACUCUGUGUCUGACCCCGGGGCUGUGUGAUGGGACGGUGUGGAGGGAGAUUCACUCUGUGUCUGACCCCGGGACUGUGUGAGGGGAUGGUGUGGAGGGAGGGUCACUCAGUGUCUGACCCCGGGAGUGUGUGAUGGGAUGGUGUGGAGGGAGAUUCACUCUGUGUCUGACCCCGGGAGUGUGUGAUGGGACGGUGUGGAGGGAGAUUCACUCUGUGUCUGAUCCCGGGAGUUUGUGAUGGGACGGUGUGGAGGGAGAUUCACUCUGUGUCUGACCCCGGGAGUGUGUGAUGGGACGGUGUGGAGGGAGGGUCACUCUGUGUCUGACCCCGGGGCUGUGUGAUGGGACGGUGUGGAGGGAGAUUCACUCUGUGUCUGACCCCGGGACUGUGUGAGGGGAUGGUGUGGAGGGAGGGUCACUCAGUGUCUGACCCCGGGAGUGUGUGAUGGGAUGGUGUGGAGGGAGAUUCACUCUGUGUCUGACCCCGGGAGUGUGUGAUGGGACGGUGUGGAGGGAGAUUCACUCUGUGUCUGAUCCCGGGAGUUUGUGAUGGGACGGUGUGGAGGGAGAUUCACUCUGUGUCUGACCCCGGGAGUGUGUGAUGGGACGGUGUGGAGGGAGAUUCACUCUGUGUCUGACCCCGGGAGUGUGUGAUGGGACGGUGUGGAGGGAGAUUCACUCUGUGUCUGACCCCGGGAGAGUGUGAUGGGA